CACUAUUUUAGCACACGCCGCGUAAAAGUGACGCCGAUUUCAAUUUCAACAAAUUGCUAAAAUUGUGUAAAAAACUGGGAGCAAUGGCCGACGUGGACGAUUUUGAUACUAUAUCCGAUGCCGAAUUGCGGGCAAAGAUGAUUGCCCAGGGACUACCGAAUAUUCCAGUUACAAGCAGCAGCCGCAAAGUUUUGGUCAAGCGUCUGCGCGCCUCCAUUGGUGGCCAGGCGUCGCCGGCAGUCACUGCCAGUCCCAAGAAAACCAACAAGCGAGAGACCCUGGCGCCGGUUGCAGCUCCAGCUUCUGCUUCCACUCCGGUGGACAAACCAGAUGGAACGAAGCCGGGCCCUGGAUCCACCAAAUCACGCCGCACAAUUGCGUCCACAGCUAACGACGCCAAAGCCGCUGACCGUCGUCGCCCUGACGAGCAGGUGGUGAAGAAACCAGUAGUUGCGGCUCCCACACAGACGCGUCGCAUCUCCACUUCCUCAGAAAAGCGGGAGGUGGUAUCGGAGCGUCCAGUCAAGAAGCCAGAGUCUAUCAUCGAGGAGGCUGCUGUGCCUAAGCGCACCGACUACCAUGAGAACACUUUGGAGGUCAACUCGACGAUCGUCCUGGAGUCCGACGAAGAGGAGGACGAGCAGUUGGCACGUGCUGCUGACCUUGUCGAGCUACAGUACAAGGCUAAGGAAAAACCAAAACCCAGAUCGAAGCUGACGACUACUACGACCAAUACAUUCGAGUAUAGUGGCAAGACAGCUUUAUCGAUGGCUCCACUGGUCUCCACUAGCAAGGCCGCGGACCCACCCCGCCGACAGGCAUAUGAAUCAGGUGCUCCGACCAGCACCGCCUUUCGUACACAGACAAGCAGCUCUUCAUACGACUACCUCAACAACCCCACCGGGCGCUACAGCAGCUAUGUGCGCUCGCCAGCCCAGAGCUAUGUCACUGCAGAGGCACCGGCACCAUCUCUGGCCUACACUUCGAGCUACCGUCGUUCCCCACCACGUCAACCAUUUGCCAACGAGCUGAGCGACGAAAACGAGGCGGAAGAUUCCCAGUACGAGAGCACCUUUGCUCGCAAUUUGGCCCGCCUGCGGUCCGAAAAGAUCGGGGACCGCAACAGUCAGUACAGGCGUACCAUAGCCAGCUCCAAUUCCAUGGGCUAUGAGCCCCAGGCACGCCGCUCCCUGCGACCGGACGAGACCAGUGUCUCUGUGGCCUUUCGUGGCUGGCUCAAUAGCUUGAACGAAGCCUAUAAUCUUAAGUCUAAAAUGUUUAUAUUGUUCGUAGUUAUAUUGUUGAUUGGCGUCUAUUUCCUGUUUCACUAGAGUCAGCGCCGUUCCUGAAUCUUAUUCUAAAAAGCGAAGUUUGUUUUGACGUUUAAAUUGUUUGUGAAGAUUCCCGUCAAUAUCCGCGGGCGCUGUAUUAACUAUGUUUCAAUUGAAUUAUGUUUGGAGAUUGUCUAGAACUAAACUUUAUGUUAUCCGUGUUCCAAUAAAGCCCACUUAAAGGGGAAUUGCUUCAA